UCUCCUUUAUUGUCCUUAUUUUUAUUCCCUCUGAGGUUUUCCCUUAGUUGGGAUUAUAUAGUUUACUGUUGUAGUUAACAGGAAAUUGUCCACUUAUUCCCAGCUCGUUGGAGCACGUGCACGCUCGUGCGUGUGAAGAAAUGUAGGAAGUACUUUCCGAGCAGCGCGACUCCGACGUAGACGUUAAUCCUCCUGUUCUUAGGGAACAGUGAUUUAUAAGGAUAAAAACACGAGAGGAACUCACUUUUUAUUUCAUGGAAAACACGUCUUAGGCAGUUAAGGGGGUUCACCUUUGUUUUGGACAUUUUCACACAAGGAUUUUUAUUUAUUUAGCAUUUUCAUUAUUAUUCUAGAGUUCGUUAGCGACGGACAGACACAGAUAUCCCCUCACCUCUUCCUAUCGGCGUGUUUAUCAACUUUUAAAGUUGAAUUGAACGAAAUUCCUCCACAGUGUCUAAUGGGUCGUGAGUUAUGCUGAAGCCAUUCUCUGAGCAUCAGGAUGAGCACUACAACAAAUGGAGCUGGGCCCCCUAAACAGGAAGGAGAGUCCCGUGUUGUGCAGGUCUACCUUAAGUUGUCCCCCGAGACAGAGACCCACUGUCCUCUGCAGGUCAGCAUCAGGGACACAAGCAGGACGAUCAUCAACAAUGCAGUGGUUACGCUUGGCUUGGACUCCAGCCUGAUCUACAGACUGCUGGAGGUCAAGGACAAUGAGAGCCAGGAGACGGUUCUGGACGAUGAGGACAGUCCUCUACUGCGAGUCAUGUUAUGGCCUCCAGAAACUCAGAGGUGGCACCCUCGGAGCCAGGGGUACUACUUCCUCCUGCAGCGGCAGAUCAACAAUGAAGCAAAAGCAGUCAAAGAGGACUCUGAUGACCUCUGCGACCUGUCCAGUGUGACACAAGAGAAGGUUCUUGAGGCUUUACGCCAACGCUUCUACAAAUGCAAAAUCUACACGUACAUCAGUAACAUCCUCAUCGCCAUCAACCCUAAUAAGUUCCUUCCUCUUUACUACAACCCCAAGUAUGUCAAGAUGUACGAGAACCAGCCGCUGGGCCAGCUGAGCCCCCACAUAUUUGCCAUAGCCGAUGUGGCCUUCCGUACCAUGCUGGACAGGCAGGCGAACCAAUGUCUUGUGAUAUCUGGUGAGAGUGGCUCAGGGAAGACUGAAAGCUCCAAUUACCUCAUUCACUGCCUGACGUCACUCAGCCGGGGGACGUACUCCAGCGGACUGGAGAGGACCAUCCUCGGGGCCGGGCCAGUGUUGGAGGCCUUCGGAAAUGCAAAGACAAAAGAGAAUUACAACUCCAGUCGUUUUGGAAAGUUCAUCCAGCUGAAUUACCUGGAAAGUGGCGUCAUCAGAGGGGCAGUUGUUGAGAAGUUUCUUCUAGAAAAGAGCCGUCUGGUGUCCAGAGAUAAAAGUGAGAGGAACUUCCAUGUGUUCUACUAUCUGCUGAUGGGUGCGCCCAAAGAGGAGCAGGAAGAGUUUCAUCUGUUAAAGUCACAGGAUUAUCUCUACCUCAGCCAGAAAGACCUCAGUUCAGAUGCUGAAGAGAAACUUGGACAAGAGUACAAGAGGCUCCAUCAAGCCAUGGAGAUGGUGGGAUUCUUGCCUUCCACAAAGAAACACAUAUUCUCCAUUGUCGCUGCCAUCCUGCAUUUGGGAAAUGUGACAUUCACGCAUUCAAAGAGUACACAGGUCCUGGAGGCUGGACCUGCAAACGUUUUAUCCACACUAUCAAACCUGCUUAAGAUAAAAAAGGAACUACUGGUGACGACUUUGACUAAGAGGAAAAUGGUGAUGGCUAACUCUACCAUAGUUUCUCAGUACACGCUACAAGAGGCAGUUCUAAAGCGGGACUCUAUGGCCCAGUCUUUAUACAGUGCUCUGUUUGACUGGAUCAUCCUUCAUAUCAACCACGCAAUGCUCAACCGACGAGACAUGGAGGAGUCCGUCUCAUGUUUGUCCAUUGGUGUCUUGGACAUGUUUGGGUUUGAAAACCUCAAGACAAACAGUUUUGAGCAGCUGUGCAUCAACUACGCCAAUGAGAAGCUGCAUUGUUACAUCAACAAACACAUCUUUGAGCUUGAGCAAGAAGAUUACCUGUCAGAAGGCAUCAUCUGGCUGAACAUUGACUUUAUCGACAACAGCGGCUGCAUCCAGCUGCUCAACAACAAACCAGUCGGACUCUUUGGUUUGCUGAAUGAGGAGAGCAGUUGUCCUCGGGCCACAGAUGAAGCCACUUUGAGCAAAUUUAAGCAGCAUCAUCAGGACAACCCGUUCUUUGUAGCCUCUCCAAAUAAAGAGCCAACCUUUGUGAUCAAGCACUACCCUGGAGGAGUUAAAUACAACAUCACGGACUUUAGAAAGAAAAACACUGAACACAUGCGUCCUGAAGUGGUGUUUCUUCUACGGAGCAGUGAGCGCUCAUUCCUGCAUCACCUGGUUGCAUCCAGCCCAGAAGCCUUGUUUAGAUGGGGAAUCCUCCGAGCCACCAUCCGUAUUGUCUCCGUGUUUAAGAAAAUGGGGCGAGCAGAGCUAUCCGCAAGACAAAGCUCUCCCAUGUCUCUCAAAGACGCAAAACAAUACAAAAACCAGAUAAGCAGACUAUCCAGCAGCAACAGCAUGACUCUGGAUUUCUCAUUUGAUCACUCUGAUGAAAAUCCACCAGAUUUCCUCCAAGACAUCUUUGCCGAUUAUGAACUGAGAAAUAAAAAUCAAGGCAGUCGAAAGAAGCAGAUCAUUCCAAAGAACCUCAUGAAUUUGUGUUCACUCAAACACAUCGUUGGUCUCACGGAGCAUGACAGAACCGGCAAGUCCAUCUUCCACCCUCAGGGACGAGAAAAGCCUCCUACAGUCAGCACUCAGUUUCAGGCCUCCCUCGGAAAGCUGAUGGACAUCAUCGAAAAAGCAGAGCCUUUUUUUAUUUUCUGUCUUCGCUCCAACGCUGAGAAGAGGGAGCUACACUUUGAUGAUGAUGUUGUGCUGAAACAAAUCAAGUACACAGGCCUGCUGCAGAUGAUCGACAUGCAGAAGUCUGGCUACAGAGCUAAAUACACAUUAAAGGACUUUGCUGAGAAGUUUUGGAUUUUGCUUCCCAAAGGAACCAGUGGAUCUCCACAGCACAUAACUGAACUGUUUGAGAGAAUGAAUUUGAAUACGACCACCUAUCAGAUAGGAAAAAACAAGGUUUUUCUCAAGGAUAAGGAACGACUGUUGCUUCAGGAGACUCUUAACAAAGAAGUGAUGCGUCGCAUCGUCACCCUGCAGCGCUGGUUCCGUUCCUGCCUCAUCAGAUUUCACUUUCUGCAAAAGAAAGAUGCCACAACGCUCAUCCAGCGGAGCUGGCGGGAGUUUUACGAGAAACAAAACCGAGCUGCAACAGUGAUCCAAACGGCGUGGAGCACUUACCGACAAAGGGCUAAAAUCUGUGAAAAGGAGGACAAAGAUGGCUCUUGGGCUCGAACCAGCUUAGAGAAAAAACAGUUGAGGAGACAGUACAAACUGGACGUCAGCCCCAGCAGGAAGCAGCAGCCUGAUCCAAGCAGAGGGCAGCCUGAGCUGGAGGACACGAGCAAAUGGAAAAGAGACAGCAGAGGAUCCACGCAUCCACUCAACAGACCCUUCUCCAUCCCAUUAGACCCUAAAACACGCAUCAACUCACCCACCAGCCCCCUUCAUCCCUACGCAGAUAUCCAGGGAACGACGAGGAAAGAUGAGAGGCUGAAGGAAAGAGUUAAUGUAGUGGUUCCUACAGAUGAGACGAGCCUCGAAGUACGGCGAAGAAGAGAAAAGAGAGAUGAUUUUUUUCGUAAAGGGAAGUCUAUGUCUGCUGAUGAACUGUCGAAGACCAGCUCUUCUGGCUCUGAAAGCUCACCUUCUGCCACUGAGGUCAGGGUUCGUCUCCGCAAGCAGAAAAAGCACAAGCGCCACUUAGCCUGCACCCGCAGCCGUUUGAUGGGUAACUUGGGGAACUCCACGGAAAGCGAAUACUGGAGCUUUCCGCUGCCUCCUGUCAGCCCCACUGUGCCUGGCCUGAAAGGCUCGGUCAGUAGCACAGAUGUCCGGACCCUCACAUCUCAGGGCAAGACAGGUGCAGAAACUGAUAGUUCAUGUUUGAGCCUACCCACCAGAGCCACCUAUGACAAUGCAGGUCAACACGGCUCUAACCAGUCACAUCCCACUACUCCUGAACGAACCGGGUUUCUCGGUAAAUUCCUGAAGAAACGUACGCAUAAAAGUUCUCCAACCAACGAAUAUCCAUCAGAUAAAACUGUAACAUUGCCCAGUUACACUCCACAUUCUUACCAAGCAUCAAACCAAAGCAAUGGGAGAGCCCACCGUAGUCCAUCAGUCUGCAUCAGCCGAGCCACGCGGGCCUUGCAGUGGGAUGCAUCUCUGGAUAGAGAGAUCACCGACCCUAGGGAGCUACGACACCUCGAUGAGUUCCUUGGUGUUCAGGUGAAUGAGUUGCAAACAAGAAUGAAAGAGUUGUCCCCAACAGAGAACACUUUCCUUUGUGCCACUAAGGAAUUUAGAGAAGGCAUCAAAAGCAUGUAUUCUGUCCAGAAGCCCAAAAUAGGUUAUAAGGAUCUAAUGAAGAGCUACCAUAACACAGUGAAAGCACUGGCAGGGCCACUGUCAGAUGUAUCACUAGUGAUCAACCUGUUCCAGUCUGUACUGGACGGCUUCAUCAGGACCGAAAUAAAACGUGCAGACUCUGAACCAAACAAGGCAACUAAGGCAACAAAGAAGAGACGAAAAAAUGAAAAAUGCCUUGAAAGCCCUUUGGAUCAUCUGUUCAGCACAUACCAAGUAAACAUUAUGCAGUCGUGUGACCUGUGUGGCUCCUUUAUCUGGGGAAUGGAGAAAGCUUACAUGUGUAGUGCUUGCAAGUUUGUUUGUCACAAACGAUGUCUGGACAAAAUCAUCACAGAUUGCUCAACACGGUGUGCCAGGAAGGAUGACAGUGUACCAGGCUCCCUCCACUUUGGGGUGCAAGUAUGUGUCCUGACCAGUAAAACCAACCCUGUGCCCAAAGUGAUGGAGCUAUUGCUGAUGCACGUGGAGCUAAAUGGCCUCUACACUGAAGGCAUUUACCGCAAGUCGGGCGCAGCCUGUCGAGCGAAGGAGCUGUACCAGGUUCUAGAGACUAACCCUGAGAAGGUUUGUUUGGACAACUAUCCCAUUCACACCAUCACAGGCCUGGUUAAACGCUGGCUCAGAGACCUGCCAGAUCCUCUCAUGACAUUUUCACUCUACAAUGACUUUUUGCUUGCUACUGAGCUGCCAGAGAACUCCGAGAGACUAAAGGCUGUAUACAAAAAGAUUGACGAACUUCCUCCUGCUAAUUACAACACACUGGAGCGACUCCUGUUUCACCUUGUCAAGGUUGUAAAAGAAGAAAAGCACAAUAAGAUGUCACCAGGUUCUCUUGCAAUUGUGUUUGCCCCCUGCAUCCUGCGUGCACCGGAGUCUAGUGACCCAUUUUCUGGUUUGAGGGAUGUGUCCAAAACUACUUUCUGUGUGGAGAUCCUGAUCUGUGAGCAGUUGAGACGCUACAACAAGAAGAUGCAGGAUAUCCAGAAGCUGGAGCAUGCAGAGACCGAGGCUAUCAAUGAGCUUAAGCUGAAGAGACAAAACACGGUCCUUGAGAGGCCAGAUGAGAGGGAGAGUACCCUCAUUGAAAGAAUCAAAUCACUCAAGCAAGAAAAGGCCGAGGUCGCCAUCGGCCUGCGUGAUUUGGAGCAGGAGACUUCUGACUGUGAAGUCAUGGAUUCUUCAUCAUCUAUGAGCACAGAGAGCCUCGACCUGCUGGGCAGCCAGGAAUGGGUAGGAAAGAUGGCCCUGCAACUGAAAACUCUCAAGUGCGAUAGCCCUCAUAAUCCUGCUGACCUGGCGCAGAGUGUCACAAGUGUGGCGGCUAAGACGGAACAAAGACAUCUCACCUCAGAACAAAACGCAAAUGUUGCUCAGUCCACAACCAGCCGAAAUACGCCUUCCCCAAGCAACAAACUGCAGAUAAAAAGCCAGGCUAAUAAUAGAAGCUUUAAUGACCUGGAUAUCCCUUUUAUUGAUGAGGUUGAAGAUUAAAUGAAACUAAAAUGCUGCAAGUUGCCAAAAUUGAAAUAUUCUCAAGUAUGUGUUAACACAACUCAAAAUGUGCACUUUCUUUUACUGACAUUUAUGUUUUUUUUUAAUUGCUGCUAAAAGGAGACAGUGAUUUAAGAAUUUGUGCAUAUUGAAAAUGGCGUUGUGCUGAUUGAUCUUUUAGGCUUUUGCUGACAGAUCCAGAGAAUUCUCGUGAUCUUCAUGUCAGCACACUGACAUUAAACACAUUUUAAUGUUGUGCUAAGUGCUUUUUUAUAAAAGGCAAGUAUUUUAGACCAGAUUUGUGUAGCAAAAUCAGAUUAGAAAACCAGGACAACUUCAUGUGGAGCAACUAAGUUUAUAUGCCUCCUUUUAAACUAAUAAACAGGACUCUGGAAUUUAAUUCUGGAAUAUACAGUUUGUGGGAAAAGACACUUUUUUUAUUGAAACAUAAACAGUUUAAAAAUUGUACAUAGUGACUGCAUGAAAGCAGCAACACUGUAACUUAGGAUCUAAGUAGAAAACCCUUUUUUUCUUCCCUUUAUUUGAUGUACAUGUAUUUCUACUGUGAUCAUUAUGAAUUCUCGCUAAAAUUGUUCCUAACUUUCAAUUAGACAGUUUUUUUUUUUGUUUUUUAAUAUAAUUCAAAAGAGUACCAGGUAAACUUUGUAUCUCUUUUUGUGCAUGUCUGUUGUAGAAAUUAUGCCAUGGACAGUCAAACUCAUGUGAAUGGUCAAAAUAAAUGAAAAGCUUUCAACCUUA